AUGACGUCACAAGGGCCUGCCAAUAUAAUACCUGAAGAUGACGAGGAUUUGCGACCUCGACAGCAGAGUAUUGGCGGUGUAUUACGUCGUGAAGGCAAUUGGAAAUGCUUUCUUCUUACGCUGAUGAUCGUAGGCUGCCUCGCUUCAGUAACCUGGUGCAGUACUGCAGAGAUAGACCGAGAGCUCAUCGAUCUGAACACGUACCCUAUCAAGAGGACAGUAAGAGAAUCGCCAUGUGAUAUCGGCUAUGCCUACAUACCUAUUGCCUUUGUUCUACUUCUGUACUUGGUGUACUUGGUCGAAUGUUAUCACAGUACUGCAAGGAUACAACUUGCUAGAAGAGUGGACGUGGCUGCUGUAAGCGCCCGAGUACAUUCCAUGAGGACGGCUAUCCCAAGGGUUUGGUGGAAAGCUAUUUGCUACCACUACGUGCGUCGGAAACGCCAAGUCACGCGAUAUCGCAACGGCGACGCCUACACUACUACACAGGUUUACUACGAACGUGUUAACACCCAUAGUGCAAGUACAGCGUUUGCUCACGCCUGCUGCGGUCAACGCGAUGCAUCCAGAAAUCUUAUUUUAGACACAAAUACUCCUAUUACAAAAGUGCGAUUCAGUAAGGGCUUCGCAUUUGCUAAUAUUGAAGCUGCUAGCGAAUUUGAAGACCAGCGAUCGAGAUUUUUUGCUGAACAUGAAAGAUUCGAUGAUUUCAUGGAAAUGCGAGAAGGCUUAGAUUUAAUAGGAGUUAGUUCCUUCAAGGAGUAUAUGGUAGCUUACAGGGAAACAGAUCGCUGUCCUUGGUACUCAUCCCAGAUACUCUUCUGGACGCUUUCAUGUCUUCUUCUUUCGUGGCCACUUAGAAUCGUAAUAGAGUGCAAUACUGCUUAUGUACAUUAUACGAUUACAAAAAUAUUUGGUACAAAUUAUGAAUUAGAUCCUAGUAGACAGCUAGAUUUAGAUACACAUUUAUCGGACAUCAUGCCGCCAGUUCCAUCGUCCAAUUAUUCCUGGGCUUUAGCAGAUGAACAAAGUGCCGUUCUUUGCUCUGCGUCGAGACCACCACGAACGCUUCCCCUCUCUCAUGCGUCAACUGUUGAUAGUCUAGAAUUAUUUGCUGCUAUACGUGGCAAUUGUGCUAUUGUACCAUCUUAUUCGGAAGCUAUGAGAAUAGAUGCGGCUCUUAGGGAAGAUCCUGCAGAGAAUGCAUCGAAUUCGACAGUUUUGAUAGACAUGGAAGGCGAAAGACCAAACAGGCCUGCUGUUAAAGCAGCUUCCUUCGACGAGCCUCCGAGGAGACCAAGAGUGAUGAUAGCUGAAACUCACUCAAGCCAUAAUAUAUCCGCUAGUACUCGUUUGGCGGAGGCUAAACAACAAAACCGGCGAUCAUGGGCUGGUGUUUUAACGAAUGCUAGAAGUGCCAGACAAAUAAUAGAAGACUUAACAAACAAUGCUGUUAAUUAUGAACCAAUACCAGAAACUAGUAGGGGUGCUGGUGAAAAUACUUUAUAUUUUUCAAAAGAUUUGUCACCUACAUGUUCUAGGGAUCCUUUUGGGGGUCGACCUCAAACAACACCAACAGAUGAACCACCAUCUUACGAAGAAGCAUUAAAACUACCUGCUUUGAGGAAGUUAACUAGAUCUAUUACUGGGACAGAUUUGGCCGGUCCAAGGAGAGCUUUCUUAAAAGACGUGUUAUCCAACAGACGAUCUUGUUUAGAAGGCGUCGGUGUUUUAUCAGGGGCUAAAGUGGUUAGACUUCCUUAUUGUGAACCCGGCGAAGAAACACCUCUUUAA